UGCUUGUUUCCUGCGCAAACCGGAAAUAAGCAGACGAGCGGUUCUGGAGGUGACCGAGUGGGACUCUGUUUUCUUUAUAAAGGAACGGUCUUUAUAGUUUGAAGUUUGAUCAGGCGUAUGGUUCUGGUUUAGAGGGUGGAAUGGGGUCUCAUUUGGUGCGGAGCUACAUCACGGAGCGGGACGCGGCGCCGAACCCGAAAGGCCCGUUUCAACACGACCCGCAGUUCGGCUUCACCGAGGAGAGGAAAGAGAGAGAGCCUGUGGCCACACAGGAGCACAUGAACAUGGCGAUGUUGCCGCUGGAGCAGCGUGAUUACUGCGCUCACUACUUGAUCAAGCUGAUGAAGUGUAAGAGAGACAACUUCCCCAACUUCCUGGCCUGCAAGCACGAGAGACACGACUGGGAUUACUGCGAACACCAGGAUUACGUGAUGCGGAUGAAGGAGUACGAGCGAGAGAGACGGCUGAACCUGAGGAAGAAGAGGAUGGAAGCGCAGGCGGCGGCAUAGUCGUCCCUCUUCACCUCACCCAUCCUCCCCACUGUCCUCUUGUUCAUGGCGUCUCCCUCUGUAAAUACCAAACUGCUCUCGACAAUAAAGAGCACCUUUAUCCUGCUUGCA